AUGGCCACUUACAGCUUCAGGCAAACCACCUCUGCGGGGGCAGGGGCACCCGCGGGCUCCUCGCUCCGGUUCACCAGCAGCUCCUUUAGGGCUCCCAGCAUCCACGGGGGAUCUGGGGGCAGGGGUGUGUCGGUCUCCUCUGCUCGGUUUGUCUCUUCUGGCCUAGGCAGCGGCCUGGGGGGGGGCUAUGGAGGUGGCUUUAGCAGCAGCUUUAGUGGUGGCUAUGGGGCUGGUUUGGGUGGCGGCGACGGCCUCCUCUCAGGAAAUGAAAAGGCAACCAUGCAGAGCCUGAACGAACGCCUCGCGUCUUACCUGGAGAAAGUGCGUGCACUGGAAGAGGCAAAUUCUGAUCUUGAAACCAAAAUCCGGGACUGGUACCAAAAACAAGGGCCAAGCCCGGCCCGGGACUACAGUAAUUAUUACAAGACUAUCGAAGAUCUUCGAGACAAGAUCCUUGAUGCCACUAUCGACAACGCCAAGAUUGUCUUGCAGAUCGACAAUGCCAGGCUGGCUGCUGACGACUUCAAAACCAAGUUUGAAACAGAGCAAGCUCUUCGCAUGAGUGUGGAGGCCGACAUCAACGGCCUGCGCAAGGUCCUGGAUGAGCUGACCCUGGCCAGGACGGACCUGGAGCUGCAGAUCGAAAACUUAAAGGAGGAGCUGGCCUACCUAAAGAAAAACCACGAGGAGGAAAUGAGUGCCCUGGGAGGGCAAGUAGCUGGCCAAGUCAAUGUUGAGCUGGACUCUGCUCCAGGCAUUGACCUGUCCAAGAUCCUGGCUGAUAUGAGAGACCAGUACGAACACAUGGCUGAGAAGAACAGGAAGGAUGCUGAGGCCUGGUUCCACAGCAAGACUGAGGAGCUGAACCGGGAAGUAGCUGUCAAUACUGAACAACUGCAGAGCAGCAGGUCCGAAGUCACAGACCUGAGGCGCAGCCUCCAAGGGCUGGAAAUUGAACUUCAGUCCCAGCUGAGCAUGAAAGCAGCUCUGGAGGGCACCUUGGCAGACACGGAAGGCCGUUACGGUGCCCAGCUGGCGCAGAUCCAGGGCCUGAUAGGCAGCAUUGAGGCGCAGCUGGCGGAGCUUCGCGGUGACAUGGAGCGCCAGAGCAGCGAGUACAGGAUCCUCAUGGAUAUCAAGACCCGACUGGAGCAAGAGAUCGCUACUUACCGACAACUCCUGGAAGGCCAGGAGUCCCAGUUGUUUGGCUCCUCUUCUGGAACUACUGACAAAAGAGACAAGCUGGCAGAUGGAAAAUAG